AUGGCCUACCAAAGCAGAAGACUCAUUGUGGGUGUAGACUACGGGACCACAUUCUCUGGGGUCAGUUAUGUCUUCUCUGACAAGACAAGUGUCGACGACAUUGACAUCCUCGACCAGUGGGGUUCGGGGAGCAAACCAGAAGCAAGUCAAGUUGCGUACUGUUGGACGAAACUGUUGCUGGACCAAAAUGCCCCCGCCACAUACCAUGACGAUGAGAAGCUUCGGAAAGCCUAUGGAUCAGGCUACAAGGCCACCGUCGAUGGGAAGUCCGCGGAAGAUAUUGCGGCAGACUAUUUGUCGCUGAUGUACAAUCAUGUUAUGCGCGAACUGGAACGCAAGAUUUCGGCCCCUAUUCUGUACGUCACCCCCAUCAGCUUCUGGUUCACACACCCGGCUUUGUGGUAG